AUGGCUGAUCGCCAACUUGCCAGCAAGAUUGAGGAGUAUAUCGAAAAGAUCCACUAUUCUGAUCGCUACUCUGAUGACUUUUAUGAAUACCGUCACGUCAUCCUACCGAAACCGCUACUCAAACUUGUUCCGAAAGAGUUCUUUGACGACAAAGUAGGCACUCUUCGUCUACUAUCGGAAGCGGAGUGGAGAGGGAUCGGCAUUACUCAGAGCCUCGGCUGGGAGCACUAUGAAGUACAUGCACCAGAGCCACAUGUCCUCCUUUUCCGUCGUGCGAAGAACUAUGGACUCCCCACGCAGCCGCAACCUGCUCCAGCUGCGAGACAAGCCAAUGCGAGGAAAAAGUAG